CAGGCCCGGAUCGGGACCGGCACUGAGCGGCGGCCAGCUCAGCCAUGAUUUGCGGCAAAAGGAAGAAGUCCCGUUUGGAAAGCCAGGAGCAGCAGCGGCAACUGGCAGCCCCGCCGGGCGCCAAACUCUCGCCGCACCGCGCCUUCAAGAAGCUAGGCCUGACAGAUGAUGAAGAUAUCAAGGUGAUGCUGAAAGGGUCCCUCCUCUGGAAAAUCAAGGGCCGCCAGCAGCAGAAGCAAAGGCUUCACCGCCUUCAGGAAGACGGGAUGACCAUCUGGUUUGAGACCCGCUUCAAAAGGGGUCACUCCAAACACGUCUUCUCCAUCUUGCACAUAGAAAGUGUGCGUGAAGGCUAUCAGUCUGAGGGGCUCCGGAAAUAUGGCGGCUCUUUCCCCGAGCCCCAGUGCUUCACUAUUGUUUUCCGAGGCAAGCGGAAAAACCUGGAUCUUGCGGCCCAGACUAUGGAGGAAGCUCAGCAGUGGGUGAGAGGCCUCACCAAACUGAUGGGCAGAGCAGAAGCCAUGAGCCAGCGAGAAAAGCUGGAGCACUGGAUUCAUGACAUCCUACAGCGAGCCGACAAGAAUAAGGACAACAAGAUGAGCUUCAAGGAGAUCAAAAACAUGUUGCGCAUGAUAAACAUCGACAUGAACGACAUCUAUGCUUACAGGCUCUUCAAGGAGUGUGAUAAAUCAAACAAUGACCGUUUAGAGGAGCAUGAGAUCGAGGAGUUCUGCACACGUCUGAUGGCUCGCCCUGAACUGGAAGACAUUUUCUACCGCUAUUCAGGCAAAGAUUGUGUGCUAUCGGCCGAGGAACUGCGGGAAUUUCUGCGAGACCAGGGAGAGGAGGCGAGCUUGCAGCGGGCUCGGGACAUCAUCCAGCUGUAUGAGCUGAACGAGAAAGCUAGGCAACAUGACCUCAUGAUGCUGGACGGAUUCACUAUGUACCUGCUGUCUUCAGCUGGAAGCAUCCUCAACCAAGCCCACACGAGAAUCUACCAAGACAUGAGCCAGCCUCUCUGCCAUUACUUCAUUUCCAGCUCCCAUAACACCUACCUGACGGACAACCAGAUUGGUGGGGCCAGUAGCACUGAGGCUUACAUCCGCGCGUUGAUGAAAGGGUGCCGAUGUGUGGAGCUUGACUGCUGGGAGGGGUCCAAUGGGGAGCCUGUCAUUUACCAUGGCCAUACCCUCACCUCCAAGAUCCUCUUCCGGGAUGCUAUUGAGAGCAUUCGGGACUAUGCAUUCAAGCACUCUGCCUAUCCCUUAAUCCUCUCACUGGAAAACCACUGUGGUCUGGAGCAGCAAUCCACAAUGGCCCGCCACAUGAAGACCAUCUUAGGAGACAUGCUGCUGACUCAGCCGCUGGAUGGAGACUCUCCCAAACAGCUCCCAUCCCCAGAGCAGUUAAAGUGGAAGAUCCUAGUGAAAGGGAAGAAGCUGCCGAAGGACAAGAGUGACCCAGAAAGAGUGAGCUUCACCUCCAGUCCCGAAGAGGAGACAGAGGAGGAUGAAGAUGAGAAGUCCACGAACUCUCUCCAGGAGAUCAAACCACUACAGGCAAAGGAUGCCACGCAGAUUUCACGGGAGCUCUCAGAUGUGGUUGUCUACUGCCGGUCUGUCCCCUUCCAAAGCUUGUCUCAUGCCCUGCACCACCAGCAACCUAUGGAAAUGUCUUCAUUCAGUGAGCGGAAAGCCAGGAAGCUGAUCAAGGAAUCAGGAAACCUUUUUGUCCGCUACAACGUUCGACACCUCAGCCGCAUUUACCCUCUGGGGCUCAAGAUGAACUCCUCCAAUUACAAUCCCCAGGAGAUGUGGAAUGCUGGUUGCCAACUAGUGGCACUGAAUUUCCAGACACCAGGGGUAGAGAUGGACCUCAAUGAUGGACGCUUCCUGGUGAAUGGUUGUUGUGGCUAUGUGCUGAAACCUGCUUGGCUACGCCACAGUCAGAGUGCCUUUGACCCUGAGUCCCCCCGGCGUAGCACUGGCCAGCGCCCUAUUGCCCUCACUAUCAAGGUGAUCACGGCACAGCAGCUCCCCAAGCUGAACAAAGAGAAGAACUCUUCCAUCGUCGACCCCUUUGUGCGUGUUGAGAUCCAUGGCAUUCCCACAGACUGUUCCAGGAAGCAGACAGAGUAUCGUCUGAAUAAUGGGUUUAAUCCAUGCUGGAAUGAAACGCUGACGUUCCAGGUUCGGGUUCCAGAACUGGCAUUGGUGCGCUUCGUCGUGGAAGAUUAUGACACAACUUCCUCCAAUGACUUUGUGGGACAAUUCACUUUGCCACUGCCCAGCUUAAAGGAAGGGUAUCGCCACAUCCACCUGUUGUCUAAAGAUGGCACGUCCCUUUCUCCUGCCACGCUUUUUGUGCACGUGAAAUGCAAGAAGAUGUGAAAGUGGGUUAACAAGUUGUGGAGGACACUCAGGCCACAGCAGAAGCAUGGCUGCGCUAAUACUUGGUACUCCACUCUGUCAAACCACGUGUGCUUCUGAGUCACGCAGAGGAAGUGGUGUGGGGGCCAGACCCCAUAGGCUGGGCUGAAGCAGCAGCAUGGAAGUCAACCCUUGCUUGAAGCUUCUGUUAGGGGCAGGGAUCUGGAGAAACAUGGUGCUGUUGAGUUUGAAAGCAGAAAACCACUUCUCGACACAAUUUGGGAUGCUGAGAGAGGGUGCCAUCUCAUCCCCUUUUCUGGGAUAGCUUGGGAAACAGGCCACAGGUUGGGGAGAUGCUCUCAGCUGAGUUUCCUAUAGUCACACAUCUUACAUGUAGCAGUUUGUGAAAAAAUUUAUUAAGCUGUCUUGCAGGGAACAGGGAAUAGGAAAGGAAAUGUGAAACAGAACACAGGACUGCAAGCCUGUGUGGAAGACUGGACUGUGAAUACAGUGCAAACAUUCAGGCAGGUGUGGCCUACCUCAGAGGCCUCCACUGUUUAAUGUGCAAUGCAUGCGUAACCACAUUGUCUUGGGUUUGCCUGAAAUCACCAAGGCAGAAUGCCUUGAUAGGACAUUAGGUUGGAUGUGUAAGAAAACUGCAUUUGUGCUUCUGUAGGAAACAGCUCCUCAACCCACCUGAGCAAACAUAUGACUUCUUGUUGCAUAAAUAGACUGGUACCCUGACGGUAUCUGAGCCUUUUAGCUUAUGCUAGUGGAUGGCAGACAUAAAUUACAAGCCAGUGAGAGCCAUGAAUUUCAUGUGACCAGCCCCCUGCCCACUCCAGAAUCAGAUUCGCCCACAGCUGAUAAAUCCUACAUGUCAUACAGUAUAUAUUUCCACCCAAAGAGGACACUAAAUUCCAGUAUUAUAAGCAACUUCCUUGUAGCCUAAGAACUUCUCUUACUGAGAGCAGCAGUGCUGGUUUCUACAUAUGUGGGUGUCAUUUUAAUGCUGGACCACACACCAAAAUGAUUAAUUAUGGAGAACAAGUUCUUAAAAUCAAGAGAGGAAAGCACAAACCACUAGUCUCUCCAAGGGGUGCUAUAUUAUUUUAUUGUUGUUUCUGGAUGAGCAUCAGCAAUUACUGUCUCAAUGAUUUAUGUGUAUUACCUAUAUUGAUGUGUGUGUAAAGAGCUGUCAUGUCACAACUGACUUAUGGUGACCCCAGCAAGGGGCUUUCAAGGCAAGUGAGAAGCAGAAGUGGUUUGCCAUUGCCUUCCUCUGCAGAGUCUUCCUUGGUGGUCUCCCAUCCAAAUACUGACCUUGCUUAGCUUCUGAGAUCAGGUUAUACCAUGCUGCCUCCCCUCACAUAUAUUUAUACCUUUGGGAAAAAUCAGAGUAACCACAGGGGCCAAAUACACUUUUGCCUCCUUUUUUUAAAGGGAGACUAUAUUUUUAGAAAAUCUUCUGUGCUGCUCUCUCAUCCUGCCCCAAAGGCAGUUUCACUAUCCCAGAAUAGUGCCUCCUUCUGGUCUGGAAACAGUCAAAUUCCUGACGUCACCAGAAAAAGCUCCAUAGCUGUGGAGACCAGCUCCAGCUUUGCAGCAGGGUCAACAGGGAGCCAGCAUUCUACCUAUGGCUUUUAAACAUCUUUUAUGCAGUCGAUGUUAAGCUCCCAACCUCAAGGCUGAAACAGGGCUGCUUUCUCCUUUCCUUUCUACUCAUGGCUUAUUUGAAAGGCCAUAUUUUAGUUCCUUAAGAAUCAAAAGCAGGAGUUGGUAACUGCUGACCAUGUUGCUAAAUCUGGACACUGACAAGUUGCCCCCCCUCCACUGUUGCCCUUCUGAUGGUUCAGUGGAGCCUUUUGGUUUGUCUCCUGACAGCUGAGUUCAGCUGGGAUGGGAAGCUACCAGAAAUACAUGGAUCCUGCCCCCCACUUUGGGGCCUGUGAACCCGCGCUGAAAAGCAAUGUAAAAAGUCUUAGGUUGCUUUAAAAUGUGACAAAGAAUAGUACUUUGAUGUAGCUUUGUAAAAAGAUAUGAAUAGUACAAUAUAUGAAAUAAGGAUUUAUUUUUUGAUGAUCCAGAAAUGCUUUACUGUAACUUACUUCUUAAUGCUGAAUGGUUGGGUGUGUGCUCUGAAUUCUGAGGGGAAAGCACAAGCUGAAAUGCUCAGCUGGACCUCACCUUUGUUUUUUGCAUUGAGGAAUUUAGCAUCCAACCUGCAUGCAACACUUGACUAAACACAGAGCAGGCCUGCAUUUUUUGGGUGUGCAUUAUUAGGGUUCCUCUAACCCCAUAAAUUGUCAGGUCAUUUCACAAUGCUACCACUCUGAUACUACUUUAAAGGCAGACCACCAGCAGAUUGCCAUGUGUGAUGAAGGCAUGUACCUCUACUUUGGAUGUACAUAAUAGCUGCAUAUGAUAGGAAGCUACAGCUACAUGCAGCUUCCGUGUUCUCAUCCAUACUGCAAGAUAAUUAAAAGCCCUCUACAGCCUUUUAUUUUAACAGUAGUUAAGUUAGAGGAUUUGAAAAGACAGCCACCACAGACUUUGCAUGUUUGAUGCAAGAAGAAACAGAGAGAGGCUGGUUUUUUAAGUCUGAGGCUGGAACUAUGCUGCGACCAAGGGAAAUGUCACUGCACUGUCUUCUCUUCCUUCCAGGAACGCCUACUAAUUGGUAAGAACAUCAGAUUAUGACUGGAAAGACCCAGGUUUAAAUUCCAGCUCUGCUGCAGUUUAUUAGGUGACUUGAGGCCAUCACUGCCAGCAACAGUGCGGGGGAGGUUAGUCUACAAAGAUAAACUGAUGGCAGGAACCAUGUUCACUAACAAGAGAGUGGGAUAAAAGGCAUCACUGCCUGGCCAAUGUCCCACCAGUAUAAUAUGCAGGGAUACUCACAAGACACCAGAAACGAGAGCUGAAGGAAACACCAAGCUGUUUGUUUCAAUAGCAGCCACGUACAGCUAACUCAUUUCCCAGUCACAUCUGCCAAGAUCUUCAAGCAACAGUAGAGGAUUGGAUUGUAAAUGAAAAGGAGCAGUAAUAAAAAAUACAAGUUCAUUGUAUUGUCUGCUGUAAAGCAGACAAUUAUUUUAAAACACUGCAUUAUGCAACCUAAUAUAUAAAAGAAUACUAAAUAGGGUUUUGUGUAGGCACAUAUGCAAUAAAAACCUCAGCCUUCCAUUGAUAUGUGGGUACAAUAUCAGCAGGAUUUGAGUCCUGUGGCAUCUUAGAAACCAACAAGAUUUUCAGGGCAUACAUUUUUGAGAGUCAAAGCUCCCUUCCUCAGAUACAUGGAGUAGAAAUCUCUGAGCCUUUAUAUCCCAGUCAGGAGGUGGGAGGGGUAAAGCAGAGAAGGGCGUCAAGUAAGGAUGUAGCAGAAUUACAUCUUUAGCACUUAGAAAAUUCAGGACCGGUUUCCGUAUUUUAUCAUACUCAAAUAAAGGCGCUACCGUACGUAAGUCCCCCCCAAAAUGAAUUAUAUGUAGUUAUUCCCUUAAUGCAACUUAGAUGUUUUAUUGUGAUUCUUGGAUCUGUUAACAGAUGGUUAAGUGUUUUGAUUACUGCUUUUUAUGAUUUAAUUUUAUUUUUUUCCUGUGUGUAUUUCUUGGUUAAUAAAAUUUUUUUAAAAAGUGUAAGACAGACUUUAUCCCUAAUAAAUGUCACUACCUGAGCUGAAAAAAAAAAAGUAAGGAUGUAACGAUACACUGUGGCUUGAUAAGAGUAGAAAUUAGUAUCUCUAGUAACUGAGAUAAGAAUGCAACCUGGAGGCUGGUCCAUUGUUCUGAAUUUGUAAAUGAACUCAGGUUCAGCAAUCUCACACUGUAAUUUGCCCUUGAAGCGUCUUUGUUUGAGGACAGCAACUUUUAGGUCAGCAGUGGAAUGUCCUGGAACAUAAAAAUAUUCUCCUAUAGGUUUUUGAGCGUUUUGAUUUUUAAUGUCAGAUUUAUGUCUAUUUAUUCUUUUGCGUAGGUAAUGUCCUGUUUGUCCAAUGUAGAGUGGAAGGGCAUUGCUGACACUUGAUAGCAUAUAUAACAUUGAAAGAUGAACAACUGAAUGAAGCGGAGAUGGUAUAACUGGUGGUGUUAGGUCCUGUAAUUGUGUUGUCAGAGUGAAUAUGGGGACAGAGGUAGUACCUUCGUUUAUUGCAGGCCCUGGUCCCAGAGUCUGUGUCUGCAUUGGGAUGUGCAUUCUUGUGAGUGAGAAGUUGUUUAAGAUUGGGGGGGUGGGGGGGGAGACUGUCUGUGGGAACUGAAUAGAGACAUAGGAUUCUUAUUUCACUACAGAUGCUAACUUCUCCUCUAAUCAAGCUGAAUCGUACCUUUACAUCCUGACUCUCCUUUGCUUUACUCUUUUCACCUCCUGACUAGGAUAUAAAGUCUCAGGGAUCUCUACUACUCUUUGUAUCCAAAGGGAGCUUUGGCUCUCAAAAGCUCAUACCCCGAAAAUCUUAUUUUUCUCUUAAGGUGCCCCUGGACACCAAUCCUGCUGUUCUACUGCAGACCAACACUGCUACCUACCGGAAACUGUCUUCAUGGGUACAAUAUUGUAACUGCAAAAAGAAAGCUAGUUCUGUUCCCAUUCUUUGUAACACGCAAGGUCUGCUCCUUAUUUCAGAAAUGAAUGGUUUCUACAUAUAAAAGGAAAAAUCCACUCCAUUAUCUUCCAUGGUUACAUAGAGGCACAAUGAAACUCUCUCCUUCAUUAGAUUCAGGACUGAAAAAACAUGCUUUUGCUUUCACCAGGCAUAGCAGCAAGAACUCUUCACAUACAAAUCUCCCCCGCUCCCUUGAUCAAGAUCCAGGUCAGCUUCUCCUUUUUGCUGUUUGUUGCUCAUUCUUCCCUUUUUCCUGCUUGCAGUUUGGAAUCUCUCUCCAUGGAGGGUCUUUAAAAAACCAGGGAAGGAACAUCCAAUCAAAGGUGGGUUUAGGAGACAUAACCGUGAGAGAUUCUGAGGUCCCAUCACCACCCCACACUCCUAUAUGUUCUGUAGAAAUGCCAGCAUCAGGCAAAUUCUUCACAGCUGACCUUUGAAUCAAUCCUUUUUGUUGGAUCAUACAAAUAAAAAAAUGAUCUUACCAACCGCCCAGCCAUUCCUUGCUAAUAUUAUAGCGGAAAAGAACUGUAGGCCCCAGGUGCCUUCUAGAAUCUUGUUUUGUGAUCUCUUUAAUAAUAAAGCAACUGUUAUUUAUAAAUGUAUUGAAUAGCUACAAUAAAACUUUUAUUUUAACAAG